CUCGUAAUAUAAGACUGUAGUCACGCCCCGGGUGAAAGACAGGUGUCCGGGUCGGGGACACAUGCCGUCACUGUCCUGUCCCGCGCCGCGUGCUGCCCUGUCCGUGUCCCUGAUGGCAUUAGCGCGUGAGCUGCGCGCUUACCGGGGGAAGCGUCGCGGUGCAGCGGGAGAGCGUUGGACGAUCGCUUUAGCAAGCACAAUGCUUUCGGCUGUAAUAAGGACUCUGCCUUCAGGAUCACGUAGAGGCGAGCAGGGUGUUGCGCAGUCGGGUUUGUGAUUGAUCAGCGUGAUCUAACGGAGUUAUUAUGGCUUCCAGCGCUGGGAAGAUGACCCAGCCCACCGGUAGCGGCGCGUGUAACGGGACCGCUGGUGCUGAUCCUUCCAACGUGGAGCAGGAAUUGUAUGAUUAUAAGAUGCACACAAAAAUGUGCAAGAAAAUAGCGCAGCUGACGAAGGUCAUAUAUUCUUUAAACACUAAGAAUGAGGAGCAAGAAGCAACCCUGCAAUCGCUACGACGUGUUGCCACGGAGACGCAGGGCACCCUUCAACCAACCACUAGCCAGGAGGAGGAGGAGGAGUCGGCAUGUAUUCUGAGGACACGCCUUUUAGAGCUCCAGGCCACUGUAGAGGAGGUGGAAGAACGUGGACAGAGAGUUGAAUUAGAGUAUGCAGAGCGCAUAGCCGUGUUAACCCAAGAGACAGCAGAUCUCCGCAGAGACUACCAGAGCCUUCAGACCGAGAGAGACAACCAGCACCUAUUACUGCAAGAAACACAGGAUGAAAACAGACGGCUAGAGAACGAGUGCCAGGAGCUACGCAGAGCCAGAGAUGAAGAAAGAAGGAGAGAGGAAGAGGAGAAAACCUAUAGAGUGGAAGAAGAGAGAAGGAGAGAGGAAGAGGAGAGGAACAGAGAGACAAAAAUCGAGGAAAAGUAUGAAGAGAGGUUGCAAGCAUGUACAGAGGAGUUACAAGCUCUGAAAGACGAGAAGGAGAAAUUGGAAAAGGAGUGGAAGAGAGAGGUCGAGGAAUGGAAGAAGAGAAUGAGGAAGGUGGAAGAGGAGAGGAAGGAAGAGCAGGAGGCAGCUAAGAGGACAGUACAACAGAGUCUCAAUGAGCACAUCAGUCAGUGGCAGCAGAGAGAGCAAGAGAACCGCAAGUCCCAGAAUGCAACGCUUCAGCAGAGACUCAGAAAAGCAGAGGCAGAGUUGGAGGUUCAAGAACAGAGGCUGAAUGAGAGCAACAGACAUUGCAGCAAGCUUCAGGAGCGAGCAGAGGAUCUGGAGGAGCAGUUAGAAGAUGGGCGUCGCCGGGUGACCGAGGCUGAGGGCGUGGCAAAGAAAGCAGAGGAGGAGUUAGCUGUUGCCAAAGAACGAUUGCUACUGCAAGAGAAUGAACUCCAAAGCAAGUCAGAGGAGUUAAUGAGUCAGAGUUCCUCUCAGGUGAGGGUCUCUGCAGAGGUGGACGAACUAAGGGCUCAACUCAGUCGUCUCAACAUUCGAAACAAAGAGCUGGAGCUUCAAAACAGUGGCCGUUCUAAUGACCACGCCCGCAUGCUCAAACAGCAUGCUGAUGCUCUGUCCUCUAUGCGUCUGGAGCUGCAGCGUGCUCAUACUGAAGAGAUCAGACGCCUUCAGCAGGAGGUGGAGAAAGAACGUCAGAAUGACAGACAAGAGCUGGAAGAGGAGAAGAAACAGGUGCAGCAAAAGAUGGACGAAGAGAAAAUAAGGUUGAAAGAGCAGCUUCGGAAAGCCCUGGAAGAAGUCAUCCGCAAACAUGCCAGUGAACUACGGCAUGCUCACGCAAUGCUGGAUGCAGAGAAGAAGAAGACAGAGCAGGCUGAGGAGCAGAUGAAAGCCAGUCAAGAAGAGAGACAGAGUUUAGAGACAGAGAGAGCAGAGCUACACCAACAACUACAACUGUCCAACACAGAGAUAGCGAAAUUGGAGGGGGUGAUUCAGACACUGGAGAGAGAAAGAGAGGAGGAGAGCGAAAGGGAAAUGCAAAGAAAGAGGGAGAGCGCAGAGGUGGAGCGACGGUCUGCGUGCUGCCUGGAGUGCAUGCGGUUAAGAGAGGAACUGGAGAAUGCACACAGCAGCAUGCAGCAAUUACAGGAGGAGUUUUCUGCUCAUAAAGAAGGACUGCAUGCAGAGAUCUCUGCUAUGCAGCAGGAAAGAGAAAUUCUGCAACAGUCCAAUCACGGCAUAGAAGAGAGGAUCAGGCUACAGUUUGAGAAGCAAUUCUCCAAUCAGGUCAUGGAGCUGAAGAGAGAAAGAGAGGAAGAGUUCAGAAAGAUGAACCAACAGUGGCAACACAAAGUAGAGGAGCUGCAGACGGCGUUGGAGGAGAGGAGAGCUCACGCAGAGAAGAUAGAGGGAGAGCGAGACAGGCAGUAUAGUAAUGGUGAGAUCGAGCGAAUGAAGCAGGAGAUCCAAAAGACAAGAGAUAUGAACAGUUCCCUCAGAGCUCAGCUUCACUCCACUAUCCAGGAGAAAGAGAGAAUGAUGAGGCAUCAGUUACAGGUGGUCAAAGAGGAAGAUGAGGAUGAUGAAGAUGGAAAGGUUGCAGGUGAUAGAGAUGAAGAGCGGGACAAGAGGGUUUGGCGCGAGCGAGAGGAGGAACUGUUGCGUGUGGAGAGAAUAAACCACCAGCGGGCUCUUCAGGCCUUGGAAACACAAGCCAAUGAGGAGCUUCAAUCAGAGAGACAACGCUUGCUCACACAGCACAAACUACAGCUCGACAAGCAGAAGGCAGAGCUGACCCAGCAGCACACUGAGUGGGUGAGACAGGUCACCCAGAGACACAUGCAGCAGAUCGAGGACCUUCAAAACGAAAUACACACGCACACACAAAUGAUGGCCUUGCAGCAGGAUCUAAAGCAACAAAACCGUUUACAGUCUUUAGAGAGACAGCUGGAUGAGAAGAGCAGUGAAGUACAGGAGCUAAAGAGAGAGAACGAAGAGCUUAAAGAACGAAUGAAUGCAGUGAGCGCACAAAAAGAGGAACAAGACCACAGACAGAAACAUAGGAGUUUUGCAGAUGACAAAGAUGAAAGUGAUGAAACCGGUGUGUUGGAGCACAGGAAUGACAUGGAGAAUGUAAAGAAAGAGCACAGAAUGGAGAUCCAGACCAUAAUAUCAGACUUCAGCUCCGCCCAAACACGACUACAGGCCCGCAUUGUUGCCUUGGAAACAGAGUUGAGAGAAAGGGAAGAUAGAGGGAAGAGGAGAGCAGAAGACCUCCACACCAUCGCCAAACUGCAGGACAAGCUUACAGAGAGGGACCAACUUAUCAAAAGUCUGGUGGAGGACCUCCACCAGCUUUCCCAGCAUCCUCCCCUCUGCAUCGAUGAAAUAUUGAAGCCUUAUGACUCUAGGACUCAAGCAGGGACCCUCACACCUACUUUGAAGAAAAAAGGGGUGGAGGAAACUAGCGUGCCCAACCUCUGCUCGUACGAUGGAGGGUCGCCCAAGACAAAGAGCUCCCCUAUUAUGGAUCGUAGAUUUACCAGUCUGGAACAAAGCAGUCGAGGGACUCCCCUAACAAGGACACAGACACCCACCUCACCUCAUGCUGAACGCAGAACCUCUGUCAGACACAGCCGCCCACCCUCACAAGAAGUUCGACAUCAGCCCCAGCUUAAAAUGAACUAUAACCAGCAUAUCAGGACUCCAGCUGAGCAGAGAGUUAUUAAAACAGGACCUGAUGGACAAGACCCUCAGAAACAGGAGUGGUUCACCAAAUACUUUUCUUUCUGAGCCACCAUCAAAUCUUCCGGUUUGUACCACAAGACUUUGACAACAGGCUCACCAAAGGCUCCUUUUGUGCAUACUCGACACCAAAUAAGCUUUUCUACAAGAUGCAUCUCACGUUUAUCCUGUUCACAGACAGCCCAAUGUCUUAAAUGUCACAAAACAGCAGAAAUUAUGCAUUCACCCUGAACAACUCCUCAGACUUAUGAAGGACAGCAGGGUAGGACUUUAAUGGUCAUGGAGCACAUGGGCACCUCAAAGAGGUGGCAGAUGACGUUCCCUUGCAGUGGUUUAUCUUCUCACACAUUAUACCUCCAGCACAAGGAAGAUCAUGCAAGGUGAACCGAACAAUUCAACAAUUCUGCACAAACUUCAAUGUGGACAUAUAUUAAUAUAUAUAUAUAUAUAUUAAGUGAACUGCCAAGUUUGUAGUGGUGGAAAUGUUGUGUGGAAUGCUGAAGCUUUCAUAA